AUGCAGCGAGAUGAUGAGAGGUAUCCGAUACCAGUGCACACAACCGCCGAGGCCAACCUGCCCGAGGUAGCGGCUCAUCCGCAGGCGGCCGAAUACUUCCAAAACUCUCAAGAGAAAUACAGCCUGCCCGGCACCACGCCAAGUCCAUACAAGGAUGCCAACGCCAGCCCCUUCACUCCCGCCGUCGCCGAGGGCGGUGGCGCAGAUCUAGCACCGGGCCUCGAAGUGGUGACCAAGCCUGAACGCAAGACGGUCUGCGGGCUGAGGAGGAGAACUUUCUGGGCGCUGGUCGCUGUGGCACUUGUUCUCAUCAUCGUGGGCGCAGUAGUCGGCGGUGUCCUCGGCAGCAGGAAAGCGACGUCGCCCAACAGCGACACGCCGGCACCAAGCUCGACCGCAUCUCCCCUGGACCCGUCCACGCCCCUCCCGGCCAGCAGGCGUUCCGUAGCUGCCGGGUCGUCUGUCGGCGAUGAUGCGACGGCAGCCACGUUGCAAAUCCUGUACCAGGACCUCGCGACGACCCAUGUUCUCUACCGGCUCAUGUGGGACGACAAGAUCAAGGCAGAGAAGGUGGCCUCCUUGCGGAUCCCGCCGAACCAGGGAACGCCCUUGGCCGCGACAUCGAUGAGGUCGUCUUCGAGCGCCGGGGUCGUGGUGGACCUGUUUUACUUAUCGACUGACAACUCGACGAUGCUGCCCAUGAUCUGUCAGGCAACGCUCGAGUGCUCCAAGGGGGCAGGCGCUUGUUCGACGACGUACAACGAGGUCAUCGCCAAGGAGGCGAUCAGCACGACGAUACAAAAGGGAGUGAGCGCCGACAGCGCGCUAGCAGCAGUCCUUAUGGAGGACACUGCAGAGUUCCGAGUCUUCUUCCAGGGAGGGGGCGGUGCGGUCUGGUGCCUGGUGGGCCACGGCCGGCCGGACGCCGGGUCCUGGACGCUGAUGCCCCUCGAGGCCCCCGCGGUGACGCGGUCCGCACUCAGUGCGUCUGCCAAGCGCAAGACGGGCGAGAUUGAUCUCCUCUUCGUGUCCAAGCUCAGCUCCAAGCUGCGCGAAGUGCUGUAUACGGACAAGAUUGGGCCCGGAAAGAGCCCAGGCAAGGAUAUCGAUGGGACACCUGGCUCGGUAUGGGAUGUCGGGGCCCGGCACGCGGCUUGCUACCUGCCCGGGACGGACACCUGGUACGCCUUCUUUGUGGGGCCGUCGGGCGGCGAGAUCAUCGGGUAUUCCAAGAAGGCUGGAGCUGAUAACUGGGGCCAGGGCUUUGGUAACAAGAAAUGGGGGCUUUCGGAAGGGGCACUAUCUACGUUGUGCUGGGGGGACCAGAUCAGGCUCGUCUACAUGCGCAGUGGCAGGUUGUCCAUGGCGGCAUCUGACAACGGUACCUGGGCCGACCCUCAGGAUUUCUAG